AUGAGAGAAUAUGCACUUAUAUUGCUACUGGCUCCAGUGUAUGCCGUGAUAAAAGGACCCUAUGACAUCCCACCGGAAUUGCCUCCUCUCAACGAUGAGAACUUUGUAAGUGCGUCAGUUUUUGUUUGAAAUUGUGUGUUUUGUUCAGUUUGACCGUUCUCAUUCCGAAUAUGAAACAGUGCUUACACCGGAGGAUUUUGAACUUGGAACACGCAUUGCUGCAGCAAUGGCCCACGACAACGGUGACAUUUGGGACUCAGAUGCAAUGUACAGUAAAGAACGAUUUGAAGGAGACAUUGCCAAUGACAACGUAAACACAUUGACGUCUUAGACAAAUGUAAUCUAUUCAAUUUUAAAGCUUAAUGCGACAACUGUGGAGCUUUUCUUGAAUGGAGGAUCAGGAAAAAAUGAAGACGGGAAAUGGUAUAAUGCCAUUAAAAACAGACUGCAAUUAUGGCCAAAUGGACGUAUUCCAUACACAAUCUCAUCGCAGUACAGUUCGUACAGGUAAUAAAAGCGUCUGUAUCUCAUUUCAACAUUCGGACAAAGGUUGAAGUUUUCGCAUUUUUGUCUGUGCAAAUAAAGACUAGAUUUGAAAUUUAACACCGGUCAACUGAGGAAAAAAGCGCUAGCCUAAAUAUAAAAAUCCGGAUUCCUUUUUUUAGCCGCUCACUUAUUGCUGCAUCGAUGCAGGACUAUGCCACGCACACUUGCAUUCAAUGGGUCCCAAAAGAAGCAAGUGACAUAAACUACGUCCAUAUUUACCCUGAUAGAGGAUGCUAUUCUAUGGUUGGAAAAAUGGGUUAGUGAAGAAAAACGUUUUCUGAACUAGGAUGGAAAGUUCAGGCGGAAAACAGUCGUUGUCCUUGGGAUCAGGGUGCAUUCAAAAAGGAAUCAUACUUCACGAACUAAUGCACGCAGUUGGUUUUUUCCACGAGCAAUCCCGAACGGAUAGAGAUGAUCAUAUCACUAUUAUGUGGAACAAUAUUCAAGCUGGAAUGCAAGGGCAAUUCGAAAAGUAUGGUCAUGGAACUAUUCAAUCUUUGGGAACUUCAUAUGAUUAUGGAAGUAUUAUGCACUACGGAACCAAAGCGUUUUCGAGAAACGGUCAACCAACAAUGGUUCCCAAAAAAUCUGGAGCUCAAAUUGGGCAAAGAAAUGGGUUUUCAAAAGUUGACAAGUUCAAGAUUAAUACUUUAUACGGCUGCCCAGUUGGUAUGUCAAUGUUUACUCGUUAUUGACGCAUUUAAUUUUUAUUUAAGAAGGAGAGAAACCAACAAUUAUUGCUUCAACAACAGCUCCAUCAACAACUAUCAAGCCUGUCAUUAAUGUUAAUACUGUCAAACCUCCAGUCGUUCAAACAGUGUCUCCAUUGAAGCCGAACGAGUGCAGAAACACCAGAGGAGAUUGCGAUGACUUGGCUAAACAAGGUUUUCCAUGUGAAAUACACACGAUUUAUCUCAUAGCUUUACUACAGGCUGGUGCAUUAGGAACCCUGGAUGGAUGAGAGCUAACUGCCCAAUUUCAUGCGGAAUGUGCAUUCCGACAAAGUCAACUGCGGCACCAAAACCAGUUGUCGUUGUCACUCAGACACCAACUACUACUACUACUCAAAAAAGUGAUUCGAGUUUCAUUUCACUACUCACUUUCAUUUUUCUUUUUUUCCUAUUUUUCUUAAGUUUCAGCACAAAAACCAGUCACCCUGCCCUCACAACCUUUACCACCAGUCCCGUCGCUUCCUCCAACCACCCCAGAUGAUUGCGAAGAUCUUCGUGUGGACUGCUUGGUGUUGGUUUCACAAAGGUACUUUUCACAUAAUUUUUUGUUAUUAGAAUUGCCAUUCAGAUACUGCAAAAUCGCACAAAACUUCAUGAAAUCCUAUUGUGCCAAAAGUUGUGGAUUUUGUUAUAAGCCCCCUCCGACUGAAAUUCCGGAUAGUGGACCAGCUCCUACUGUGGUCACCACUAGACCACUUGUUACUCUUCCACCGUGAGUGUUAUACUAACCGUUUCUCAUACCCAAAACGCUUUAGAUAGCACACUUACAAACAUUACUCAUGUCACAACACACACUUCCCACUUUGUCCCUGAAUGGCUUGGUUUUUAACACGUUCUAAAGUCAACCACAGGCUUUCAGAGCGGUCGUCCGUUCGCGUUCUCCGGCUCCGACCGUUCCCGUCUUCAUCACGACCACAACGGCUGAAGUUCCUACAACAACCACCACUAUUACACCAAUUUCUUCUGCAACCACCACAAAAUCCAUUAACGAAUGCUCCGAUAGAAAACACUUUUGUACGCAUUGGAAGAGCGCAGGAUUCUGUGAAGGAAUAUUCAUGAAUUAUAUGAGAAAAAACUGUCCCGCUUCUUGUGGCCUCUGCUGAGGUAACCGACUUCUACGAAUGUGAUUCCAUUACUUCAUAUGCUUUACCUCCCGCUUUUCCUCAAUCUUUUUUUCUUUCGGAGUUGAUGUUCCUGACAACUCUUUCAAGAGUAACGUCAUUGUUGACGUAGUUAUUCUGGUUGUGUGUCACAUUUCAAACACACAGUAUAUUUAUUAUACCAAAUGUCUUUAUUCAAAUGAGAGAAUCUUUUGUUAACUGGAUUUUUAAUUGUUUGAACAACGCCGGUGAUGGAAUAAAUGUUAUUUCAUAAACAUUCUAUUAGAACAAGCUUGUGUAGCGCGGGACAUAUCUCUACAAGAGCGUUUUUUUUAAAUACACGAAUUGCCACGUUUCUCACCUUUGGAGUUUUCCAUAUACUACUAGUAUGUGGUUCUAUUCUUACUUGAUAUUCCUAAAUCAUGACUAGUUUAUACAAAAUUGAUACAAUGUUACUUCUUCCCAAUGAUUAGUGCUCACACCAUUUGUAUCCGGAAUUUUCAAUUCAACACAAUCAUUCUUCUAUAAAAACUUUUUAGUGAAAAUAUGAAUAAUUACUGUUAACCAUGGUUGUUGAUUGAUAAAUAGCUUCCCACCGUUCUCUUUCUUUUUCCAGCUCCCACCUUUCAAUUGAUGGCAUUGCAUAAAAUCCCUGCACAAAAUAAAAUUCAAAUAAAACGGUUUUUUGUAAACAAACUCACAUUGGCUUGAGUUCCGAUUGCAUUGCGAGUCAAAUAAUAUCCAGCUUUACCAAAAAAACGAUUAUGAUAGUUAUCUUUUGCUCCCAGCGCGCCAUCGCCGUUCCUUUCUCCAACAUUCCAAUAUUUUUGAGAAAAACGAUCAGAUAUCUAAAUUUUUCAUUAUAAGAAAACAUUUUGCACAAUCGGGUUUACUUCUUUUGCAGUAGGACUGCUAAUAGAGGCUGUUUGAUAAUCAGAGCUAAAAGAUCCGCUGAUGUCAUCACGAAAAACGGUUAUUGUUGACAGAAUUGGUAAACUACCAUUUUUCUGACGCAGUAUUUUAUUUUUUUCAGUAUGAUCUUGACCCAUUUCUGGCUCUGAUUCUGAUUCCAGUUCAUUGCAAAUUGUAUGGGAUUCAAAUUGUUUUCCAUUUUGUAACUGGUUCAAGUAAAUAUUUUCAUAGCUGUUUUCAUUUAACUGAAAUAACGUUCAACUUAUCUUCAACUCAAAAAUUAUCGUCACCUUUUUUGCGAAAAUUGGUAAAGAAUUAGGCACUAACUCUUUUUCAAAUAAGCGCGGCGCUGUGAAAAAGUAGCUCCGAAUUUGACGUUGCAGCUGCCAAAAAAAUUGUAAAAUUAUGUCUUAUCAAUGUCUGAUACCUCUGGAUAAGUAGAAGUUUCACAACUACCAGUCGCUAUGUUACAGUAAUGCUCAAACGUUCCGUACAAAGGCUGGUUGACGUUUGCUGUCAAACAUGAAGUCUCCUUUUGUUUUGCUGAUGGAGAAAGUUCCGAAAAUUUCGAUUCAAUUUCAGAAAUAUCGGAAACGGUGUGAUGGUUUCCCGCCUCCAGCCAUUUUAUAUAAGCCAGGAAAAUAGUUUCUUCGCUGUCAGUGCACGGAAGAUUCAAACAAUUCGUUUCAGUAUGAUCCUGACCAAAAUUUGAAUGUUUUGAUAACGUAAUGAAAUAUAUCGUGGUUUUCUCAAAACUCAACUCACAUCGGAGAUACUCCUCACUAAUGAAUGUUUAUCGUUUGCAUGUUGCCGUGUACCGUAACUCAUAAAUUGCCGAUAAAUUUCGAUGCACCCUGGCCUAUGCGAAUCUGCGACUUGCUCCAGAAAAGCUGGAGGAUAGACAGAAUACGUUCGCACUAUUUUUUCUGAAGUACAAAAAUAAUAGCCAGAAAUUCUGAUGAGAUGCAAAAACUCGCUUCUUUCCGGCUCUUCAUUUGUAGAAGCCAAUGAAUCCUCAUCAUAAUCACUGGAUCUUGAUCUCAUUACUCUCCAUCGAACAUAACAGAAUUCAAAAAAUAAGCACAGCGCUUUGACACAUAUUGUAGCCUUAAUGAAAUGUUGAAUUGUUUUUAAAAGAUCGAAAAGUUACCAUUAGUAAUUUCCAGAAUUUUCUAAGCCACAUUGAGCUGACGCAAGCUGACAGUUUAAGAAAAAUUGAGAAUUCUAUCGGUUCUGUUGGCUAACAAAUCAACAUCUCAAACUGAUUGAAAGUGCCGGAAACGUGAUUCAAGUGAAAUUAAAAAAAGACACGUCCCACCUCAAAUUAAAAUACAAACGCCAUAAAAAUUUAUUUGCACAUCACGUCUAGUAAAAACGGGAGACAAUUCUUAUAUAGGUUUCUACUAAAAAUCUGGAAAGGUCUCCAAUUUUAUGUGAUAAAUUGCUCUGAUUUCCUGUUGCCACCGCCAAAGACGCAUUGCAUCGAACAUUGAAUAUGUGAAAGAAUCCGGAUGAAUAGUAGCUAGAUAUCUGUAAUUCUACCAUACCCUUUAUCUAAGGUACGCAUGAUGUGUACUCGGUAAACCUCUGCAACUUUUCAGCAAACGUUGAGGUGAUGGCAGCUUUUGAACAAAGGUUCAACAGCUUUCAAGCAAACUUUUUGGCGAUAGCAAGUUCUCAGCAGAACUUCUGCAAGUUUUGCGCAUAGCAAUAGCUGCUUUUGAGCAGAAGUUAGGUGAACGUUGCUGAAGUUCUGCUGAAAAAUUGCAGAGAGAUUUUAGAAGAACUAUAAUUCUUUAUAUAUUCUGCAAUUAGUAGAUUAAGAGAAGAGUUUGAAAAAUUUGAACUUGUUUCGAAUCCAAUAAGCAACACCGGAUGUAACCUACUAUCGGGCCAAAGUGAAUGCACUCUGUUGAGAAACCUUUUUUCAGCAGCGAAAUGAGGUUCAGUUGUUUCUCAUUUGAAUUCUGGAAAAAAUUUCUCUGGUUUUAAUUGGCGUCGGGUUGGAGAUGAGAAUUGCAACACAGCGCAUUCACUUUGAAAUGUCCCGACAGCACCUGAAUACUUGAAGAAAAAGCUGAACGACUUCCGCUGGAACAUUCAUGAAACACCGCGAGCGUCAAACUGAAGAACACUGAAGAUGCUCAAGAUCUUUUUAAAUAAAUUUUAUUUCUUCCUGUAAAAGGAGCGACUCAACAAGAUGCGGAUGUUGGAAACCACUGCCGACUUCUGAUGAAUGACGAUUGAAAACGUUUCAAUUGGUUGAAAAAAAGACUACGUCUGUUAGAAAAAAUGACACAAUUUAAAUUAAAUGUUUGUAAAAACAGAACGUCAGAGUGAAAAUGAAUAAAAAUUUCACAUAUACGAUAGUUCACCUUUUAACUUCAGAGUUGUAUUUUUCUUCCAAUAUUGCAAUAAAUUCUCCAUUUAUAAAUCAGAGUACAACAAGUUCAACCGAUUGAUGCAUUGUUAAUUUUUUCAUGAUAUUUUGAUAUUUUUUGUUGAAAAAACUUGUGAAAUAAACAUGUUCUAUGCACAUCUUUUUACAAAAGAACUGUAUACGAAGCAAUCAAACAUACUGACACACAACGCGACUUUUAUUUGCCACUUUACCACGUUACCACUUAUCUUCUCUUCCGGCUAGAGCAAAGCAUUUUCAAAGAAAUUAUCAACAUGCGGAAAUGGAUACUUGAAAUAGAGAUUCCCAACCAACAUAGAUGAUACACCCCCGAACUGUGUCUUGAUGGUUUAGUUCACGUAGUUACCCUCGAGUAGAUACAAACUUAAUUGGACAAGAUUUCUCUUGAAUAACACUUGUAACACUCAAAUCCUGAGAAAUAAUUAAUGUGCUCUGCUCUUUCGUAUACGGUAACUUGGAAAUAAUUAGAAACGUCUGGAGCUCGCUGCUUUUUUCAUUGAGCUGGGCAAAUAUCCGACGCAGGCUAAAAUGCUUUGAGGUCUGAGCUUUUGAUCCAGCUGGAAUAUUCAGAUUUAUCUCAAACUUUUCAGUCUUCUUAAAUUCUCGGGCUCCAGUUUUAGAACGAUCGGAUGAUUCACAUUGAAGUUAUGUAGAUGGAAGCCGAAAAAGCAGAAUUCUUAGAAAAAGUGUUGUCGUUCCGGUCUCGAGUCAAUUCAUAUCCAGAUCAGAUAAUCCGAUCGUUUAAAAACUAGGACUCAAACUAUUGAAAUCCUAAUGUAAAAAACCCACAAAGUGGAUCCGAUCCGAACAUUGCAACUGGAUAGGUCACCAGUUUAAGCCUUAAGAAGUGAUCGAAAACCCUCUACAUUUGCCCAGCCCUCGUUUUCUCAUUGAGAUGAGGGAAUGCUGGAUUGUAAAUCAGAAACAUAACUUUUUUGAAGUGCAUAUGCAUUUCAAACAAGUUCCAGUUGAAGUGGUCAUUCAAAAAAUGUUUUCAAUUUUUUUCAAGUUAAUUCAUUUCUGUUUUUUUAUUUAGAACCAUUUUCUGGGUUCGCAAUGUAUUUUGUUUUUUUGUUCCAGCGCUCAAUAGAGUACCAACUAGAGAAGAAUAAUAAUGUGAUGGGAAACCAGAUAUCUGAAAUUUUUGGUUUUGUUUACGAGGAUAGAGGUAUAUAUAUAUAUAUAUAGUUUUAUAUAUAUGAAUAUGUUUUUUGCAAUUUUUCUUACCCGGAAUCACUGCUUCGAAAGAAUUCGAACUUUAAAUGUGUUUGACAUUUUUUCAAAAAAAAACUGUACAGAUGUAACUCGAUACAUUCUCAAACUUUCUCAGUUUGUUAAUAACGUCAGUAUUUGAUUUUUCUUUUGCCAUUCCUUUUCUAAAUGUUUUCUCUCUUGUUCCUCUUAUGUAAAUAGAGAAAAAUAUUGUUCUGAAUGUUACCAUUAAUUAUGUUUUACUUUCCUGAUCAUGCACAUGUUUGUUUUCAGACAACUUAAUCUACCAAAUGAAUGAAUUUGACGCAACUUCGAUGCUCAUCUGGGACAACCCUUUGUUCAAUGUAUCAUUAAAUGACUUUCCUAUCGAACAGUUCAAAAACAUUAAUGACGGAGUUAACAAAUCUGGUGCGUGCUGAAGUUACUAUCUAUUUUCAGAAUGAUUUUGAAACGUUAGUUGGAAUAUCAGUUAUGAUCUCAGCAGCCACUGGAGUAUUCACUAAUUGCUUAGUAAUUUUGCUAUCUUUCGGCCACGUUAAAGGAGACUUCCGGUUAUUUGUUGCAAAUUUAGCGUUUGUUGACAUUCUUUGUGGGUUGGUUUUUAUGUUCAUGGGCUAUAUAAACGUAGAUGAUAACCAUCAUUUACCUAGUCAGUGAGUGCAAGUGUCGAUAACUCGAAUAAGCUUUUGAUAAUCCCCAGAUUCUUGUAUUACAUGACUUUGGCAUUUUACGGAUCUUUUGGAACAAUGAUAUGCGCAAUUGUUCCCAUCUCUUUGAGCAGAGUUUUAGCACUAUCUAAUCCACAUGCUUACAACACGGUGAGUAAACUAAAGUGAUAUGUUACAUCAUUUUUCACAAUUGUCUUUUCAGCUUUUUGGUGGACGUCGUUCUUUUUUUUUCUGUCUUUUCUUAGAUGUACUUCCAAUCGGAAUACUUUAUGUAAGUGUUAUUAAGAAAUAAAAAAUAUCUACUUCUCUCGAGAAAAACAUAAGAAACUUCAGAUGAUAUGUAUUGUCGAUCAUGAUAUUGCAAAGAUAUUGUUUUACACUUUUGCUACAAUUACUACUCUUGCCUAUUGUAUUGCCUUUGCAACAAAUUACAUUGUUUUCAGUAUUGUGUGUCAGUGUUUUCAGAUAAGUUUUUGAUACUUAAAAAGCCGUUUUUUCAGCUACGCACAUAAAAGUAGUGGAAAAUCUGAGGGAUCAGGCAAGAUUACUUGAAACUAGACAAGUUGCUAUUGCAACUUUCGCGCAAGCUAUUAUUCCUCUCGUUUGUCAGGUAAAAUACAGAAAUUUGCAGUUCACAAAAAAUUUUUUAGGUCCCCGCUUUUUUAACUCUUAGUUCAGUACUGUUGCUUUCGGAGCCAAUAACUAAUGGGCACGUAAUAAUAACAACACAACUUUGGCUAGCGUUAAGCCCUUUUCUAGAUGCAGUUAUCACUAUUCUUGUCAUAAAACAGUACAGGUAGGUAAUUAUAUUAUUCUAUGAAGUUAAUUGAGUUUUUAGGAAAAAUUGUUUAACGUGUGCUUCAGUCAUGGGAAAACGAGUGUGGAAGCCAAAUAGGAACAUUGUUGUCUUCAAUGAUGAAAAGCAAGUGUUGGAAACACAGGUGUAA